AUGUUCGCAUCUACAUAUUUCGAUCCACAACAGAAUUUGACUGUCGAACAUUCCCUUUCCCGACGUCUUUCUAAUCCGGUAAAACAGUUCGUUGGUAUGUAUGUAAUCGUUCGUUCAAAACUAAAUCGUGGAACUAAUCGAAGUAUUUUUGAUGAACAUGUGCCUUUCUGUAAUUCAAAUUUAAUUAUCAAACAGCAGAGGGUUUAG